AGAGUGCGAGAGUACAGCCUCCGUGUGUGUGUUAGUGUGUAGAUGUGAGUGUACGGUGAGGAAUUCAGCUGCUGGAUGAGUUUUCUCUGCGAGAAAAACUUAUUUUUUUGGCGUCCACGUCUUGAAGCGAGGAGGACAAAUGCGAAAAUGCGAGAAGAAAUCCAGGAAGAGGCGAGCGAGUGCUUAUUAAAAAUUCAGCGCGGGAGAACAGACGUUAUUACCCGUUCGGAGGACUUGUGGCAGCACCGAGGAUAAACUCCACUUCUAACGGGCUAAAGCGUUGUUGAAUGGGGUGAAACGAAGCGGAUUUUUUCCCUCCUAAAGAUAGCAAGUCCAGGAAGAAAAAAAAUUCAAGCGGUCGAAACCCAGAAGGAAAGGGGAGUAAAAAGGGGGCAAAGAAAACGCCCUGCUUUGCUGCCUGUUGCUGGUAAAUUCAAACUUUAUCGCCAAGUUUAAAAAAUGCAUCUUCCACUUAACGAGAGGUGAUAGUUCAAGUCGUCAUUCCUAGCUUAAAGCCGGGCGGGUUUGCUAACUGACGGCCCCCUCUCACUUGGCAAGUUUUAUGUUUUUGGAAGCAUUGGGAAUAUUUUCUCCUCGUUGUGCACACCAUUCCUGUUGGAAGCGAUUUGGGUGGGCUGGGAGCCCAAAGGCUGCUCCGCCAGGCCUGCGGCCAUUAGCCAGGAACAAAGAGGGUUCACAUGUAAACUCAAACAGUUUGGAAAAGCCUCUUCAUUAGUUUUUAAAACCCAACUUUUAACCACCAACGACGGCGCAGUCAUGUCGCUGGGCGCCGAGAGGAGGAUGGAAACCCGGCUGAAGAAGCUGGAGGACAUGAUCAGAGACCCCAGAUCUGCCAUAAACCUGGAAAGUUUACUGGACUCCAUGAAUGCGCUGGUCUUAGACUUGGGCUACCCUGCACUACGAAAGAACAAAAACAUUGAGACCUUCUUAAACAGAUAUGAGAAAGUCAUUGGCCAGAUUCGAGAUCUGCAGAUGAAGUCUGAAGACUUUGACAGAGUUAAAGUGAUUGGCCGAGGAGCAUUUGGUGAAGUGCAACUGGUCAGACAUAAAGCCUCACAGAAGGUCUACGCAAUGAAGCUGCUCAGCAAAUUUGAGAUGAUAAAACGCUCAGACUCAGCAUUCUUCUGGGAAGAGAGAGAUAUCAUGGCUUUUUCCAACAGUCCCUGGGUUGUGCAGUUGUGCUCUGCCUUCCAAGAUGACCACUACCUCUACAUGGUGAUGGAGUACAUGCCAGGAGGCGACCUGGUUAACCUCACCAGCACCUAUGAUGUACCGGAGAAGUGGGCCAAGUUCUACACAGCGGAGGUGGUGAUGGCCCUGGACGCCAUUCACUCCAUGGGCUUCAUUCACCGCGAUGUGAAGCCAGACAACAUGCUGCUGGACAGACUCGGACACCUGAAGCUGGCUGACUUUGGCACUUGCAUGAAAAUGGACUCUACCGGCAUGGUGCACUGUGACACAGCUGUUGGGACUCCAGACUACAUCUCGCCAGAAGUGCUAAAAUCCCAGGGAGGAGAUGGCUAUUAUGGGAGAGAAUGCGACUGGUGGUCCGUAGGGGUCUUCAUUUACGAGUUGCUCGUCGGUGACACGCCGUUCUACGCAGACUCUUUGGUGGGAACAUACAGUAAAAUCAUGGACCACAAGAACUCCCUCAAUUUUCCAGAUGAUGUGGAGAUCUCCAACAAUGCCAAGAAUAUCAUCUGUGCCUUCCUGACUGACAGGGAGGUGCGAUUAGGCAGAAACGGCGUGGAGGAAAUCAAGCGACAUCCUUUCUUCAAAAAUGACCAGUGGACCUUUGACACCAUCAGAGACACGGUUGCCCCUGUGGUCCCAGAGCUGAGCAGUGACAUAGACACCAGCAACUUUGAUGAGAUAGAAGACGACAAAGGCGAUGUAGAAACCUUCCCCACACCUAAGGCAUUUGUCGGCAAUCAGUUACCCUUUGUUGGCUUCACCUACUUCAAAGAAGACCAGUUAUUAAAUGCUUCCAACAACUCAGUGGCUCAUGAGAAUUCAAAAGGGGAGUCAGCAGCACUGCAGAAGAAACUUCGCCACCUAGAGAUGCAGAUGAAUAAUGACAAGCAAGUCAAAGAUGAUCUAGAGCAAAAAUACAGGGCCACCACCACUCGUCUGGAAAAGCUCUCCAAAGAACUUGAGGAAGAGGUGAGCAGCAGAAAGAACCUGGAGUCGAGUCUGAGGCAGCUGGAGAGGGAGAAGGCUCUGCUGCAGCACAAAAGCCUGGAGAGCCACCGCAAGGCUGAGAGCGAGGCCGACAGGAAGCGCUGUCUGGAGAACGAAGUCAACAGCCUCAGAGACCAGCUGGAUGACAUGAAGAAGCGAAACCAAAACUCUCACAUUUCCAAUGAGAAGAACAUUCACCUCCAGAAACAGUUGGAAGAAGCCAACACGUUGUUGCGGGCCGAGACGGAGGCGGCGACGAGGCUCCGCAAAGCCCAAACUGAGAGCAGCAAGCAGCUGCAGCAGCUGGAGGCCAACGUGCGCGAGCUGCAGGACAAAUGCUGCCUGCUGGAGCGCAGCAAGCUGAGUCUGGAGAAGGAAUGCAUCAGCCUGCAGGCUGCGCUAGAGACGGAAAGGAGGGAGCACAGCCAGGGCUCGGAAACCAUCACUGACCUGAUGGGACGCAUUUCUGGCCUGGAAGAGGAGGCCCGUCAGCAGAAACAGGCUUUAUCCAAAGCUGAGACUGAGAAGAGGCAGCUUCAAGAGAAACUCACUGAUCUGGAGAAGGAGAAGAGCAACAAGGAGAUCGAUUUGACCUACAAGCUGAAGGUGCUGCAGCAGGAGCUGGAACAGGAGGAGGCCUCUCAUAAGGCCACCAGAGCAAUGCAGGCAGACAAGAGCAAGAUCAAGGUCACCAUCGAGGGCGCCAAGUCAGAGUCCAUGAAGGAGUUGGAGCAGAAGCUGGCAGAGGAGCGAGCUGCCAAACUGCGGCUGGAGAACAGAAUACUAGAGCUGGAGAAGCAGAGCAGCAUGAUGGACUGUGACAACAAACAGGCCCUGCAGAAGCUAGACGAGCUGCGCAGACACAAGGAUCACCUUACUGAGGAGGUGAAGAACCUGACACUGAAGAUCGAGCAGGAGACCCAGAAGCGUAACCUGACUCAGAACGACCUGAAGGCUCAAAACCAGCAGCUCAGUGCUCUGAAAACCUCCGAGAAGCAGCUCAAGCAGGAAACUAAUCACCUGCUGGAUAUUAAGCGCAGCUUGGAGAAGCAGAACCAGGAGCUGCGCAAAGAAAGACAGGACACAGAUGGACAAAUGAAGGAGUUACAAGACCAGUUAGAGGCUGAGCAGUAUUUCUCAACUCUCUAUAAGACCCAGGUUCGUGAGCUGAAGGAGGAAUGUGAGGAGAGGAACAAACUCUACAAAGAAGUGCAGCAGUCUCUGCAGGAGCUGCAGGAGGAGAGGGACUCUUUGGCAGCACAGCUGGAGAUCACUCUGACAAAGGCUGACUCGGAGCAGCUGGCGCGCUCCAUCGCUGAGGAGCAGUACUCCGACCUCGAGAAGGAGAAGAUAAUGAAGGAGCUGGAGCUGAAGGAGAUGAUGGCUCGCCAUCGCCAGGAGCUCUCCGAGAAGGACAUCACCAUCAGCUCUCUGGAAGAAGCUAAUAGGACCCUGACGAGUGAUGUCGCCAAUCUGGCCAAUGAGAAGGAGGAACUGAACAACAAACUGAAGGAGGCAAUAGAGGAAACUGAGAAGUCGAAGGACUGGGAGCAGCAGAUAAGCCAGAUGAAGCAGGCAUUUGAGAAGCAGCUGCAGUGCGAGAGGACGCUAAAAACCCAGGCCGUCAAUAAGCUGGCAGAGAUCAUGAACAGGAAGGAAGUGCGUGGCGGAGGCAGCCGCCGUGGUAACGACACAGACAUGCGGCGAAAGGAGAAGGAGAACAGGAAGCUGCAGCUUGAGCUCAGGUCAGAGAAGGAAAAGCUGAACAGCACCAUCAUCAAAUAUCAGAAGGAGAUCAACGAAAUGCAAGCACAACUGGCGGAUGAGAGCCAGAUGCGCAUUGAGAUGCAGAUGGCUCUGGACAGUAAGGACAGUGACAUUGAGCAGCUGAGAAAUCUCCUGCAGACGCUCAGUGUUCAGUCGAUGGACUCCGCCAGCGUCAGCAGCGGGCCCGAGUUUGAUGCUGAUGAUGCGUACACAGAAAUGAGGCUCGAGGGCUGGCUGUCUCUCCCCGUCAGAAACAAUACCAAGAAGUUUGGAUGGGAGAGAAAGUACGUUGUAGUAAGCAGCAAGAAGAUUCUUUUCUACAACAGCGAGCAAGACAAAGAGCAGUCCAUCCCCAACAUGGUGCUCGAUAUAGAUAAACUCUUCCAUGUGAGACCUGUUACUCAGACAGAUGUGUAUCGAGCUGACUCCAAAGAAAUUCCCAGGAUAUUCCAGAUUCUUUAUGCCAAUGAAGGUGAAAGCAAAAAGGAGCCAGAGUUUCCCGUGGAGCCGCAUCCCAUUGGAGAAAAGUCCAAUUACGUCUGCCACAAAGGCCACGAGUUCAUUCCCACCCUCUACCACUUCCCCACCAACUGUGAGGCCUGCACAAAGCCACUGUGGAACAUGUUCAAGCCGCCCCCUGCUCUGGAGUGCCGGCGCUGCCACAUCAAGUGCCACAAGGACCACAUGGACAAGAAGGAGGAGAUCAUCGCCCCCUGUAAAGUGAACUACGACAUUUCUACAGCCAAGAACCUGCUCCUGCUCGCCGUGUCCCAGGAGGAGCAGCAGAAGUGGGUGAGCCGGUUGGUCAAGAAGAUUCCCAAAAAGCCUCCACACCCAGAACAGUUCGCACGCUCCUCACCGCGGACCUCCAUGAAGGUUCAGCCCAGCCAGUCCAUGAGGAGGCCCAGUCGACAGCUCCCCACCAGCAAGAGCAGCCCUCGCAGGUCAAAUGGCUUCAAAAUAAAGCGAGAAGAUUCCAGCAGUACCUGUUAACCUUGCCCGGGAGUGUGGUGCAUCGACGAGGUGGUGGGAAGAGUUUCUUCCUAAAUCAAAGACUCUAUACAAAGCUCCGUUUGCAGAUCAGCACACUGGACUGGUUUCUCCACUGCCCACUCCACCCUGUCCCGUUUCAGCCUGCGAGAGUUACCAAGUCUGGCAUUUUCCAUUUUUAUUCAGCUUGUUUCCAAGCCACUUAGCAAGCUCACCUCAGCAUCUGUCGUCUUUACAGCAAGCUGGGCGUCUCAUAAACAUAUAACCCAAGUCCUCUCCUGGGUCCUUGGCGAGAGCACUUGUGCAGCUCUUGGAUGCUGGAGUAGCUUGUUCGGCUCCCACACAAUGGAGGAUAGCUCUUAUGAGCCUGACCAAGGCUGACAAGAACAGGGGAACACUUACCUUAACAGUUCUCUCCAGGACAGACAGUUCUCUGUCUGAUUGAAGCAGCCAGCAGGAAACCACCUCCACACCACCUUUGAGGAUUCUCAUGGCCAAAAGAAAAAAAAGACAAUCUUGUGUUUAAUGAUUGUGAACAAUAUGAAGGGUUUAAUGGGGGAACACUACACUCAGAAGAGUCUGUAUUUUUGUUGGCUUAUGGUGUCUGUACUUUCAAACUCUUUAACAUGAUUGUAGCUUCUUGCUUUUCACAGCUCUGCUUUCAGGUGCGUGUCCAUGGGGAAUCUUGAAUAAGGUACUUAGGAACCAAAUGAGCUGUGACUUCAUGGAAAGUCAUUAAGGCAGCAAAUGAAGCCCAGCUUCCUCUCGGAUAUGAGCAAAUAAUUCUCAGAGUGCCUCUUAUUCAGAUUUCUGACUCAUGCACACGCUGAAUCAUGGGUUUGAUGUCAAACGACUACAAAGGGAACAGAAUCCUGCUUGAAAUGGCAUUAGAUUAAGACAUGAAGUCCUCACGAUCCCAUAAUCUCUGCAAACCUGCACUGUCAGUUCUGAGGGUUAAUGUUUACUGAAUUCAAAGGGGUGCACCGUUAAUGCUUUCUGAUCCGAGCUCGGCUCCUUCUGUUGUUUUUGAAUGUACAUCUGGGCUUCACCAGAGACGACACACAGGCAUUGUAUUAUCCAAGUAUACUUGACUGAAGCCGCGCCUUUCAUCACAAACUACUCUGAGUGAACUUGCAUGCGUUUGCUUUUUCACCCACAUGCCUAGUCAUUUUUAGUCAGUACCAAAAGUGAAAAUGAGGGAAGUUAACCAAUAAGAAGCCGAAAUAAUGAAGGUAUCCAAUCAUAUCCUGAACCCAUGAGUGGAAAUACUGAGCAGCACUAUUCCAUUGAAGUUUUUUCUAAAAGUGUUUGUCCUUAUUUUUGUAUUAAAGGAAACCAAACUCUGAGUUUGGGCACAUUGUCGUAUGUAUGUGACUUAGUUAGCAGGUGGAGAGUAAACUGAGUGUGUGUGUGUGUGUGUGUGUGUGUGUGUGUGUGUGUGUGUGCGCACUCUCCUUUAACCAAGAAGCAUGUUUUAUACAUAUAAAUAUACACAGUAUAUAUUUUACAUGCCAUACAGUGCACAUUAUAUUAUUUAUACAGCUUUGUCCACUUUGUAUUUAAGGGUUCUACAUCCAGAUUGCAUGUUUGCUAUCAAACAGCUCUAUGAUAAUAACCACUUCAACAAUAAAGACAUGGAUGUGC